AGCCGUGUUCGAGGGCAUUGGAGGGCAUGCGCUGCUCACCUGUCCAGAGACCGUUUCAUCCGUUAAAAGUAAACCUUCUGUUUCUGCUAUACUUAUAUUUAUUUUACAUUGAUCUUUGUGUUCGUUUAUUUUAUUAGUUUAUUUAAUUGAACAAGCAAACAGCUUAAUGGACAACAGGCGAUAAAAAUUUGAAGUGCUACGAUGGCGAAGAGGCGACGUAAUCGAAGGAAUCGAAAAAGGGCGCACAAUGAUAGCAGGCAGAAUGACAGUAGUUAUCAUGCAGAAACGCUGCAACAGGAGUUUGCUCCACAGGUGCCUAACAACUCCAUCAUUUCGACACCCCUGAACACACAUAAGACGCCUGUCGUCGUCACUCCCAUUAAAAACACGGAGACCACACCCCGCGUCCUCCGCAGUAAUUCAUUGGUGCUUCGUAAGAAGAUCAACAUAGACACCGCGCGCACUAGAAGUAAUUCGUUCGUGACACCCAAAAACAGGAAUUUGGCAAAGAUCCGAAACGACAAUUUAAACUGUACGAACCUGAAUAUGCUGUUUGAAGAGAAGCUUCGAGAUUCGGUAGAGAGAAACAUGAAACCACAGAUGGUUGCUUCUUCUAACUUUCUGAAUACUCGCGAUAUUAAGUUUGAUAAUCUUAUGAAGAACUCGAUAUCGUGUUACACGAAAGAGGCGAGCCCAGUUUGCGAGAAGGCCGUGGUCAAGGUGGACGUAGGCACGCAAACUGCUUAUUACAACAAUUCCAUGGAAUACGACGUUCACAGCUUUGCGCAGAUUUUUGAAACGCCCAAAAACUUAUAUGCUGAAAAACCUGUGGUUGCCACAAAUAUCGUGCCGAGCAGCGGAGAUACACGUUUCUCACCAUACUGUGCACCGAGUUCGACUCCGAUUAAAAUAUUGAAGAGCGGUGAAAUUUUCUCCGUAGCCAAAAACUUCAUUAACAAUCAAAUCAAUGAAAAGAACUCGUUCAACUAUGAUUUCACUGAGACUCACAAGAUUAAUCGCGAUGAAUUUGAUAAUCCAAUUUUUAAUAAAAAUAGGGUAUUCUCAAUAAACAAGAAGCGUUUCUAUAAAAGCAUAUCACCAAAGGUGGCACGCAAUGCGUACAUUAAAUUAUGCAACAAAAAGAAUGUUGAGAAUGUGGUACCUAAAAGGAGCCCCAAGUCAGAAUAUGUAAUUCCUAAAAGUUUUUCGCCGAUCAAGCGAUGCUCGGUUGAGCGAAACUCCUCUUCUUCCAUCUUAAACUUUGUUAAUACUAGUUCAUCGAGUUCGUUAAUAUCUAGAUUUCGGUCUUUCCAUAAAAAGCAUUCGUCAAAAUGGGCGGACAAAAUCAUAGAAGUAUGUUCGUGGUUCGGAAUUUCGAUCAAAAUGGGACUUUUGGCCAUGUAUAACAAAACGAAAUCAGAUGCAACGCUUUCGCAGUGUACCUGUGACGAUUAUAAAUCGAAGCUGGAUGAGAUCUGCAAAAAAAUGUCUGAAUUGGAUGAAGCGCAUCAGAGAGAAGUGAGUGUUCUUAACAAGGAGGUAGCAGAGCUGCGGAUGGAAGUUAAAGACUUAUCGCAGUUGCGUCAAGAAUUGGAAGCGAUUAAAGUGGCUUUGGCCAAUACACCUAGGCCUAGUCUCUGCGCAGAUCAUACACCUAAACCACCGCCACCUCCACCUCCGUUCAUUUCAAUGGCCGCUGCACCACCUCCUCCACCGCCGCCGCCUCCUAUUCCUCCUCCAAUGCCACUAUGCACGAGCACUCCGAUCAGUAGAGGCAUUAAAAUCAAUCGGAAUGCCGCUAAAGAGGACAAAGGUGACAAAGAAAAUGGACGUCCGGUAAUCUCUUUAGAUGACAUACUUAAAGUGAAAUUACGCAAAGCUGGGGAUCGUGGUCAAACUCCUAAAUUGCAGCGCCGUUCUACGCAACCAGUAAUAUCGAUGGAUAUGUUGAAGCAGGUGAAGCUUCGACCUGCUUCUAGACCAUCAACUCCUACCUUUGCUGAACUGUCGUUGCCCAGUACGGGUAUUUCCUCUCCUUUACCUACAAGUCCCGCAUCCAGUCUAGUAAAAAUGCUCAAUAAGGUAGACACAAACUCUUGCAGGGUGAAGCGUUUGAAACGUGUCGGUGCUUACAGUUCCGAUGAUCUUUCCAGGCGAAUGCACCAAUUUAGAACUCGAGAGCACGGCGGCUUGGCUUAACACUCAACGACAUGUGAAAUCCAGAUGAUGAUGAAGAAGAAAGUUUUCAUUUAGCGUAAGUUAAAUAGUUCAAUUCUAUUUUAAAUUUUUGUAAUGCAAAUUGUAAAUUCAGAAUUGAACAAUUUUCCAUAUACAUUCCACAUAUAUAUGAAAUUUUCUCGUGUCCUGAUUUUGGUUUCGAUUUCGUGUUUUUAGAAAUUUAGAAAAUUUAAGAUGCAGGAGAGCGAAACGCGCGAUGUUUAAUAAAUUAAAUGAUUAUCACGUCCCCCAGUUUCAAAACAAAUGUCAAAAACUUACCACUCGCCAACGCCAUUGUUAUUACAAUGAUACGCACAAGUGGAGCGUCUUAAUCUAUUUACAUAUAUUGUGUUUUGUGUGUAAUCUAUAUUUUUUUUUGUUAGAAAAUAGU